AGAGUACAAUUGCAUAAUAUUAAAGAUAAAGGAAUUUCUCAUUGACAUGAGAAAGAAAUGUAUCUGUGAUAAAGAAAUGCUUUAUAUUAAAUAUCUUUUGCUACAUUUAAUAAGAAAAUUGUUUAAUAUAAAUUUUAUAGUCAUUGAUUAAAGUAGUUGAAUGAUUGAGCUGUGUGUUUGGUGUAAUGAAAUUUGAUAUAAAUUGUUGUGAAAAUAUAGCCACAAAAGUCAGGCAGUCUUAGUUUAAUGCAAUAAAUAUAUAUAUAUAUGGAAUUAUUUAUAUUAUUUUAUUCAGGGUGAAUUGUUAUUCAGAAUAGAAAAUAUUGAUUGUUGUGAUAUUAAGAAGUGAUUACAAAAGAUGUUAAGAACAAGAAGCUGAAAACAAUGUAUCAACAAAAAGUACAUCCUACCAAAAGAAAUCUUAUAAAUGAAGGCAUCAUACAAAUUGGUGCUGGUGGUUCUGCAGGCUUUGUUGAAGUUUGUAUAAUGCAUCCAAUGGAUCUUAUCAAAACACGAUUUCAACUUCAAGUUAGAAUGCAAGCAGCAGAUGCCACUUAUUACACAGGCAUUAUAGAUUGUAUGCAUAAGAUGUGUAAAACUGAAGGUAUUACUGCAUUGUGGAAAGGAUUGCUUCCACCAAUCAUUGUAGAAACACCUAAAAGAGCAGUGAAAUUUUUUACAUUCGAACAAUACAAACAAUUCUUUUUAUUUGGUGCUGCGUCGCCUACUCCUUUGACAUUCUCAUGCGCUGGCUUCUUUGCUGGAAUUACCGAAGGAAUUUUGGUGAAUCCUUUUGAAGUUAUCAAAAUAAAGCAACAAUCAAAUCGUGUAGGAAGACCAUCAACUGCUAUUGUAACAAGAGAAAUUAUAUCAAAAUAUGGAUUUGGAUUAAAUGGGCUUUAUAAAGGAUUAACUGCCACUAUGAUGAGAAAUGCCGUAUUUAAUUCUUUUUAUUUUGGAUUUUAUCAUUCUGUAAAAAGUUACAUACCAGUAAAUAAAGAACCCUUACUUGAAUUCGUAACUAAGGUCGGUCUAGGUUUUGUGUCAGGUACAGUAGCUUCUUGUUUGAAUAUACCUUUUGAUGUCGCUAAAAGUCGUAUACAAGGACCACAAGGAAAUAUACAAUACAAGGGAACACUAAAUACUAUAUGUAUUAUUUAUAAAAACGAAGGUUUCAAAGCUUUAUACAAAGGUUUAUUGCCAAAAGUAUUGAGAUUGGGUCCAGGUGGAGCUAUUAUGCUUGUAGUUUAUGAUUAUAUGCAUGAAUAUCUUACUAACAAAUUUUCAUAUUGAUUUUUAUGCUACAUAAUGUACACAAUAAGUCUAUAACAUUAAAUAUAUUAAUAAGUAAUUCAUA